CAGGACACAAGCUCAAUCUGAGACAUCCAGAAGAAACUGAGAAGAGAACAAUCCGGAAUCUGAAGACCUCCAGAACACGUAAACAGAAGAAAUGGACGCCCCAGCACCAGCAGACAAGAAGGCACCCCCUAGAUUCAAGCAGAGGACCACUCGCACCUUCAAGAGCAAGGCCCCCAAACCUGGCCAGAAGGGAUUUGGAGAUGACAUCCCUGGAAUGGAGGGUCUUGGCACAGACAUCACUGUGAUCUGCCCAUGGGAGGCUUUUGGCGACAUGGAGCUCAGUGAUCUGGCCAAAUAUGGAAUCGUGUAGUCGUCUUCCCCUCCUUUUGGUCGGCCGCCCCCCCCUCAUUAAUUGAAAACCAGUUUGUAGAAUCAUCUACCAUGAAUAGAACUGAAAUCCAAACCAGCAGACGAUGACAAUCCAAUCUCAAACCAACACUGGAACUUCAGGCUUCCACAGGAUGGGAUAUAAUUCAAUCGAUCUGUUUGUAAAUCAGGAAAAAUGGCUUUAAUGGCUCUUAAAGUCUACAUAAAGCUCUUUCAUUUGGGUCGGCAUCACUGGAGCUCUCAGGAGGAGGAGCAUCCUAAUAUUCUAUAUAACAAAAGCACUUUAUGUAUAAAUCAACGUUUGUUUAUUUGAAAGGCGAAUAUGAAUGUUUGUGUCUGAAUCUAGUCAUCAUGGAUAAUGAGCUGAUCACAAUGAAACCCAUUCAUUUGGGGUAGAAAACACAAAAUAAAUGUGACACU